CACCCCUCCAUCUGGCCCCCCUCCCCCCCUCUCUCCCUUGUUGCCUCGCUCUCGCGCCUUCCCCCAGCCCCUCUCCGCCCGAUGGCCGAUCCGAACACGGUUUUCGGUCUGGAACUCAGCCAUGUGGUUGAGCUGGGCCCCGCGGCCACGGCUGCCCUUCAGAGCGGUUUCGAUUUCCUGGCGGCUCCCAUUUCGCACCCCUCGCACCGGCGCACCUUCACCGGGGUGAAUGUUGACGCACCGGCUUGCUUCGCGCAGUCCGACCGGGCGGUCGGGUCCGAUGGUGCGUGGAGCUGCGCGCGUCUGACCCCGGCUCUGACCUUGGCACUCACGCGCUUCGGCCUGUUGCUGCCCCCGCUCCCUGCGCGCGCUCCUUCCCGGUUUUGCAGUCCGGUCCACGCGCCUGGUGGGCAUCCUCUCCGACGACCUGGAUCUCCUCGACGAGGAGGCCGAUCACGAUGGUGUCGUCAACUCGGAGCGCCUGCUGGCUCAGGAGUUUGCCUGGGCCGCGCACAUUGGCCUCCCGGCGGUCAUUGUCCCGUGCCCUUUCAAUCGCCAGGCAGUGGCCGGGUUUGCGGCGUGCAUUGCCCGAGCGCUCGAGGGCCCGGGCGCCUUCCAGAUCUGGGUCCGGAUGCCGAUGGCCCCGGCGGCCGGGCCCGAGCCCCAGAUGCGCGGCCUCGACAGCGACGAUGGCGAGGGCGCCAGCACCGGCAGCGGCACUGGCCAUGGCGAGGGCGAUGUCGACGACCCGUGGGACUGGUGGCACCAGCUGCGCACUCUCUGUGACUUCCAUCCGCGGUUGAACUUGGCGCUGGAGGUGCCGGCCGAUCUGCCCGGCGAGGUGAGCCUCCUCCGGUGGCUGGCCGAGCCGGUCAAGGCCUUUCACCUGGACGCGGAUCUGUUCAUGGCGAAUCAGCGGGGCUUCCCGGUGCUGAGUCGCCUGCACCAGGGCUUCCUGAAGGAUGUGAUGGUGCGAACGAACUAUCACUUUCUGGUGGGUGGCCGGUUGGACGCACGGCCGGACUCCGAGGACACCAUGCGCUCGGUCCCCGGGAGCCUGGAAGCCGUGAGCCGGCAUGCCCAGCUGUAUGUGUCGUACUUGCGGCACCUGGCUCGGUCGAUCCCGGACCAGCCGGCUGGCGAUGCCCUUUUCGGGUCGUACAAUGAGUUCCUCCAGGCUCCGUUGCAGCCGCUGAAGGAGCAUCUGGACUCGCAGACGUACGAGGUGUUUGAAAAUGACCCGGUCAAGUACCAGCUGUAUGAGGAGGCCAUUUACCAGGCCUUGCUGGCCUUCACGCGGUACAUGCAUCAGGAUGGCCGGCGCAUCGGCGAGGGGGAGUGCGUGUGCGGGGCGGAUGCCGCCAUGGCCGCGGCGACAGCCACGGCGGUCUGCCAGUCUGGCGACCCGGGGGCCUGCACUUGUCGCGGUCCGGCCGGGCAUCCGAGCCCGCGGGCCAUUCAAUACUCGGGGCUGGCUCCCGGCCGGGCGAAAGCCCUGCGCGACCGAGUGCGCAAUGGCCAGACCCACACCGAGUGGGGGUGUCUUGGCGAGGGGGCCUGCCGGUGCUUGGAGGACUGGGCUGCCGAGGGGCCGGAGGCCGAGGCCGAGGCGCUCGAGACCGGGCUCGGUUCCUUUGCCGGGGGCCCGAUCGUUGUGGCGGUGGUCGGCGCGGGCCGCGGGCCGCUGGUCAACUGCACGCUGCAGGCGGCCGCGCGGUCCGGCCGCGCGGUGAGUGUCCUGGCGCUGGACAAGAACCCCAACGCCGUGUUGACCCUUCAUGACCGCGCGCGGAACGAAUGGGGCUCUGCGGUGACGGUCUUUGGGGGGGACAUGCGCGACUGGCGGCCGCCGGCGCCGGUGGACGUGUUGGUCAGCGAGCUGCUGGGGUCCUUCGGCGAUAAUGAGCUGUCGCCGGAGUGCCUGGACGCGGCGCAGGCGGUCCUCCGGCCGGAUGGCCGGGGGAUCAGCGUGCCGGCUUGCUACACAUCGCACCUGGCUCCGGUGACCUCCCCCCGGUUGCAUGAGCAGAUCCGCGGCUUUGCGGCCAAGGAGAAGCCCCUGGACCCCAAGUGGCUGGAGACGCAUUAUGUGGUGCGGCUGCGCAAUACCAUGCUGCUGGCCCGGCCGCGGGCGGUCUUUCACUUCCGCCACCCGUCGCCCUUCCUGCCCGGGGGCCAUGCGGCCGAGGGGGCCUCGGGUGGGGACCCGGGCCGGGGCCCGGGGCCGGACCGGCUCCGGCGCCUGCACACCAACGACCGGCACACGGUGCUGCACUUCACCAGCACGUGUGCCGCAUCGCUGACCGGCUUCGCCGGGUACUUUGACUGUACGCUCUUCGGCUCGGUGCACAUGAGCACCCACCCGCGAACGCACUCCCCCGACAUGGAGAGCUGGUUCCCCUGCUUCUUUCCGUUGCGCACGCCGGUGGACGUGCGCCCGGGGGACCGGAUUUCCCUGCAGGUGUGGCGCCGGUCCAGUGCCACGGCCGUCUGGUAUGAGUGGGCCCUCCUGGCCCCGGUGGUGGGGCAGAUCCACAACUCCGGCGGCCGGAGCUGCAGCAUGCUGCUGGCGAGCUCAUAGCGCGUGGGCCUGUGUGUGUGUGUGUGUGGGGCCCGGGGAGCCGGGGCCCCCACGUUCGCCGCCCCCCCCCCCCCUCCUCUGUUUCGGUAGAUGGGAUCGCUCUGUGGCGAAGAAUCUGCCGCAUGGAUCCCUUUUCGGGCAUGCAAACAUGUGUCUAUAUCUGUG